AUGUAUGGACCGCCUAUGUUUGCCUGUCGAAUUUCCGUUUUAUGCGGAAGAUUUACCAAAACUUCUUCCAUUAAAGCCACAGCCGGAAAUGCCAAAAAUCUUGUAAAAAAGGAUCUUCACGGCUUUUCACGCAGGAGUAAACAGGAUGAACAAAUCGAUUUCCUUUAUGGCUUAUCUGUGGUCAUACCGGCGCUUGAACAGAGACGUCGCAAACUUUACCGUCUAUUCUAUCAUGAAGUAAUUGAUUUUCGCAAAAAAUCUGAAAACUCCCUGGACAAGAUCAUUUCACUGGCAAAUGAAGCUAAGGUGCCAGUCGUGAAAGCAACCAAAUGGGAAUUAAACGAAUUGGUGGAAAACCGACCACAUCAGGGAGUAGUCCUAAAAGCUUCGAGGAUCACGCCAUUAAACAUUACAUGCCUUGGCAAGCCUACUGACGAGAGUUAUCAAGUCAUCCAAUCGAAUGAAUCGAUAAUCAACAUCGGCAUUUCAUCAACUGGAAAGUGGCCUCUCUGGCUUGCAUUGGACCAAGUUGUUGACCCACAGAACUUGGGUGCUAUUAUGAGGCAAGUUAAUUGCCAUCCUCUUCAUGGAUAUAGGAUUUGUGUCGUUAUAUUAACAUCUUUGAUCUUUAUUCAUAGAUCUGCCUAUUUCUACGGUGUUGAUGGAAUUGUCAUCUGCACGAAGAACAGCGCACCUUUAUCAGCAGUGACGGCGAAAGCAAGUUCGGGCGCUCUUGAAAUUAUGGAUUUAUAUGACGUUGACAAUCUUGUGAAAUUUUUAGAUAAUUCUUCAAGAAAUGGAUGGGUCAUAUAUGGUGCAGUUGCAGCUGACAACAGCCGUAAUCAAGAAAACAAUUUAAUAUCUGUGGACGAACUGAAUCGACCGUUGACCAAACAUCCCGUAAUAAUGGUAAUCGGAAGUGAAGGCACGGGGCUCCGUUCAAAUGUCGCAAGUGUGUGCAACCAUAAACUCUAUAUCCCAUCUUACAAUACAAAGAAAUCAAGACACAUAGAUUCUUUGAACGUUAACGCGGCAACUGCUGUAUUGCUACAGAU